AUGAAAACCAUUUUUAAGUCUUAUGGACUAUGGGAAUUUGUGGAAAAAGGAAUCGAGAGCUCAGAUUCGAAGGGAGCUGAUUCAGAUCUGAAGAUGAAGGAGAAAGAGGGAUCGAGUGACACUACAUCUCUCACGGAGAAGCUCAUGAAAGAUGCCAAGGCGCUUGGGCUGAUUCAGGGAGCAGUCUCGGAUGAAAUUUUUCCUCGGAUCUCACACGAAGAAACUUCUAAGGGAGCCUGGGAUAUUCUGAUGCAAGAAUUUCAUGGAGACAAACAGGUUAGAAGUGUUAAACUACAAGGUCUUCGUAGAGAAUUUGAGUAUACCAGAAUGAGAGAUGGUGAAUCAAUUUCUGUUUAUCUUACAAAAUUAUUCGAUCUGAUAAAUCAAAUGAGAAGUUAUGGAGAAGAGCUAUCUAGAGAGAGGAUUGUGCAAAAAUUAUUAAUUAGCUUACCUUCUGCGUAUGAUUCUAUAUGCUCUGUGAUUGAACACUCAAGGGAUAUAGAUGUGAUUGAGGUUCAAGAGGUAGUUGCCUCACUGAAAAGUUUUGCACAGAGGUUGGAGAGACAUAAUGAGAACAAGACUGAAAGGGCAUUUGCGAGUCUAAGUGUGAAUCCCAAGUCUGUCAAUUCUCCUGGAAAUCAAGGAAAUAGAUAUCAAAAGAAUUGGAAGCCAAAAUACAAAAAUUGGAAUCAAAAGCCUGUCUACCAAUCUGGAAAGCAAUUUGUAGCUGCAGAAGGGGGAAGAAAUCCUUGCAAGCACUGUGAUAAGUACCAUUAUGGAGAGUGUUUUCUUAAAGGCAAGCCUAAGUGUCACUGUUGUGGAAAAAUUGGUAACAUUGCAAGGGAUUGUAAUACUAAGAAAAAUGCUCAAGGUGUUCAGCAACUAAACUUUGCAGCUCAGGUUCCUUCUACAACUACUAUGUUCUAUGUAAGUAAUGAGGUUGACAAGAAGACUAUUGAAGAUGUAUGGUAUGUGGAUAGUGGUUGUAGUAACCACAUGACUGGUAGAGAAGAUAUACUGAUUGACAUUGACAUUGAGCAGAACUGCCAUAACUGCCAAGGUAGAAAUGGGAACUGGACAGUUGUUGAUGUUAUAGGAAAAGGAAGUUUGGUAGUGGAUACAAAGAUGGGAAGGAGAUAUAUAUACAUGAAGUAA